AUGAGGAUUUGCUGCUCGGAUUUGGCAUACAUGAGUGAUUACCGCAGGCCUUGCAACUUCUUUUACAAUGUAACUGGUGAAGAAGCGGAGCGGCUGCUACGACAGUAUGGUUCAGAUGGGGAAUUUUUAGCACGACCGAGUGAAUCUCAGCCGCUCAACUUCACUCUCUCAAUCAUUCGUGGAAAAGCUAUUACUCAUGUGAAAAUUCAGAAGAACAGCGAUGAUUUUCUGGAUUUAUUUGGAGGUGAAUCGUUUGCGUCGCUAAGUGAGUUGGUCCAGUUCUAUAUUGACAAUCCAGAACAGCUUCAAGAAAGAAAUGGAGAGUCCAUCAUUAUG